UGAUCGAGUUUACUGAAGAUUUCCCCUUCAAAAGUGCGCCGUUCAAGUUGUCCUGCAUGGGUAGAAUAUACAUGUACAUGUGUGCACUCGCUGCAGCUGACGGCUGUAUAUAUGGACCGAGAAGAAUAUGCGCUCGCUGCGGUUGGUGCAAAUUAUCUUGCAGGCUGAAGAUUAUGCCCUUCUCUGUGCAUUUCUCUCCCAUUUCAGCGUUUGUUGUAUCUGAAAAGGACCGUGGUGUGUAGACCUUGACAACAAACGCAUACGGAUCCGUUCCACAGUGAUUUAUGGAAGUUUGAAUUCCAGCGUUCUUCAUCGCGGGGUGUUCGUGCACACCUCCCAUAGCGCAUACAAACGAGGUCGCUGUGCUGUGAAUGGGUAUCGUACGGGUCUCUACGAGUAGUACCGUUUUAACACGCUGACAUCUUGACGUGUUGUCGGCAUUACACUGCUUCAUUAUUGUGUAGCCUACUCCAUGGCCACAUGCGCAACGAGUUAGCCAAGGUUGUUUUCGUCCUUGCUCUUUUCUGCUACACCUGUGCCAAGCCCGCGCCACGUUGACCACCACACGUAAUUCUUCGUCCCAGUAUGCCUGAGCAGUCUGACGUCUUCUUUCGAGACAUGAUGGCACUAGCUACGAGUCCGGAAUGCCUCGGAAAGCAACUCCUCGACGGCGGCGAAGUGAUGCUGCUGGACUACCGUCCAAACUCGACCUACACCCGGUCGCACAUCGAAGGCGCCUGGAACCUCUCCGUGCCCGGCAUUUUACUGCGGCGUCUGAAACGCGGCAAGGUGGCGUUCAAGUGUCUCAUCCACGGCGACGAGGGUAAGGAGAUGUUCGUCCGGAAGUCGCGAUCGGUGCCUGUAGUUCUCUACGACGACGGCUCGACGGACGUGAACGCCAACUCGGACUCCCCCUUCGUUUUGUUGCUCAAAAAACUCCAAGAAGAAGGGUGUCGUGCUACAUAUCUGAAAGGUGGCUUUAACUGUUUCAAGGAGCAGUACCCUCCCUUGUGCGUGACGCAACAGGAUGACAACAGCGACUCGGACUCUGGCUCCAUCACAGACCUGGGCUUUGACAACCUCAAGAUUGACGCCUGCCACGAGACAGACUCGGAGACGCCCCUGGACAACCGGUACCCGGUGGAGAUCCUCCCGUACCUCUUCCUGGGCUCCAAACAGGACUCGGAGAACUUGGAGCUGCUGCACAAGCUGGGCAUCAAGUGCAUCCUCAAUGUCACGCCCAACAUCCCAAACUGUUUUGAGAGCAAUGGCCUUAAAUACAUGCAGAUUCCGGUGCCGGACCACUGGAGUCAGAAUCUUGCCAAGUUCUUUCCCGAGGCGAUAGAGUUUAUUGAUGAAGCACGGAAGGUGAACCACGGCAUCCUGGUGCACUGCCUGGCCGGGGUCAGCCGCUCUGUCACAGUCACAGUGGCCUACCUCAUGCAAAAGCUGUGCCUGACGCUCAACGACGCCUACGACUUCGUCAAGAAGCGCAAGAACAACAUCUCGCCCAACUUCAACUUCAUGGGCCAGCUGCUGGAGUUUGAGCAGCAGCUGCGGGACAGCCCCUGCCGGGGCGGGGACUGUAGUUGUUCCAAAGAGGGGCGGCGGCUCUGCAUGAGCCCAGACCCGGUCCUCCAAUCACUUGUCCCCUCGGCUGCCCUGUCCUCCUCUUCCUCCACCUCAUCUUCGGCCUCCUCCUGGGAACAGACCCCGGAAACGUCCUCUAGAAAAAUCGAAUUCAACUUCACAGUCGACAGCUGAGGACAGGCCAGAGACCGAUGAAGGGAAGGUUGGUCACUGUUCUUCAACUUCACAAUCCGAAAUCAGGGAAGUCAUGUUGUUUUAUCAACUAACCGUGGGAAACAUGCACUUUUGCACAGAGAUUAAACUGAAAAGAAAGUUUAGAGAAUGGCGAAGCCCUGUUCCUGACACGAGUUGCCCGUGAGCCUUUGCCAAGAAGAGGAAGUGGUACAUUGAUAGCUGUGUGUGGGUCCGAUCUAUUUCAUAACACAGGAAGUUCAAAAUGAGGAAGGAAAUGUCCUAAACAAACUGGGAGAGCUGUCGAGAGCGGAAAUAAAGGCUUGCAGUAGUUUCUGUUUCAACAGUUACACUUGAAUUCGCGUGAGAAGAUUUCAUUGAUUGCUGGGUACAGCAGUGGAAAUGUAUCAGGGUUAUAAACGUUCCUUGUGACAAAAUGUCUCUUUAAGUGACAAAAUGUCUCUUUAAGUGACAAAAAGUCUCUUUAAGCUGGAGCAUACUAACACCGUCCACAUUCUCCACUGUUGGCACAGUGCAUUAUGUGUAACUUGGAUCAAAGUUCAGAAUAUUUGACUGAGUUUCAGGCUGGUAUCGGACUCCUCAUCAGGGAAUGCACAAAUACAUGUACAAAAUUCAUACCUGUAUGAGAAUCUAGUGUCACGGCAGUUUGCAGGCUGUGUUGAAAUUUUGCAAGUUGGCACGGUACCAAAUACAUGGACUGUCGUGACAGCAAAGGAUCUUUGCACAAUAGGCAGUGGUGGCUUGUAGGUGUGCCUGUCACACACCGCCGAUAUCUUGUGUCAAGAAACUUACAACGUACACGUUGUACCUGUGAAGGCUUGUUUGUAGUCAGCUUUGUGUGUGUACUAUUUGUACUUGGAAGAAACCUUUGCAUAUUAUAUGCCUUCACGCAGUUACAAGAUCAUUAUCUUAAAAGACCUCUAUUAUUAGGGAUAGAACAGACAUUUGUUUAAUUAAACUCUGACACAAAUUGUUGCACAGUAAUGUGUGUACAUAAUGUGUAUAUAUACAUGUAUAUAUAUCUAUCUCCAUAGCUCAUUGUACAGUUAAAGAGAAAUCACUGUGUUUUUGUACAUGAAGACUUGUACAUUGUAUAUAUUAAUUGUAACAAAAACCUAAAAGGUGCAGAUUGAUAUAGACUGUCCUUUUUAUCUAUUCCAGUCUUAUUAACCUCUCAGAUUUUGUUUGUUUCGUAGGGUUUUUUUUUUUUGACCAGGCUGAUUUGUAAUGAACUCAGUUUAAAUGUAGACUAAUUUCUCAGAGGAAAAUCAUCUGGUGAAUGACAUGCAUACUGGAAAUGAAUUUUUAAGAGCGGAACUCCACAGAGCCUUGCUCCAGACAUGUAGCACAUUUUGGGAUGUGUACAGGUGUACAUGCAGGUUUGCGUAUAGCAAGUGUCAUAAUGCGGAUGUUCAUUUCCUGCCAUAUACCUUUAGGUUCAAGAGUUGACAUUUGUGGUUAUCAUGCUCGGUUGCCCUGUGUAGGUAUUCAGCUGAAGGAAACACUUCCCGAAAAGAAACAUUCUGUUGUGCCAACAACAUUAACGGGACCUGCACAGUGAAAUCAAAUAGCAGUCAAGUUCAUUAGGGUGCCAAUAGAUCCUCACUUCUCACAGUGGUGUUGAAACGUGGAUGCAUUUAAUCUUAAUUGUACUUUCCGGGUAUGGUGUUGUGUGACAGCAUUCACAUCUGAGAUGGUCCCAGCGAAAGGUGAAUGACAAAAUUUUAAAUCCCCUCACUCAGUUUUGAACCCUGUACAGUCAAAAGACGACAAUAUAAGGGCACUAGUAUGUUAGUACAACAUUCUGCUUGUAGGAAGGAAAAUUUUAAGUUUCCUAGUCUUUGUAUUCUUUGUUUUGCCAGUGCUGAUGAUAUAAGGUCCCUGUUACAACGAAGUUAUUAUAAAAUCCCAGCAACCUGUUCACAAGGUGUUUGACUGUGUAUAAAUUACGGUGCAAACAAAUUGAUGUCCCAUGCCAUUGAAUUUACACAGCGUGUUUGCUGUCAUCUUUGUAGCAAGACUUCAGGAGAAAAGUGAUCAGCCUCUGAUGCGUAUGCAUCUCUGGUGGAAUUGUUACGACAGAGAGUUGAACAAACUUUCCGUCCCGAUAGAAGCAGUGGCAGGUUGGAUGGGAAUUGGAAACUGGGGCGUGGGUGAGGUUACCAAGGCACUUGUGUAAGUCAUCCUCUCAUUACACUUAAAAAUACAUGUACUCUGCGUUUACAUGCAAAACGGGGUAUUUCAUGAGCCCGUGUGAGGUUUCAGGUUAUCACUCUUGACUAAAUUCUAGCAGUUAUGCCUGUGACCAUUAGAUUUUUCAGUGAACAACAUACCUCAAUGUAUGUCAUUAUGUUUUUACUAAUCCUGAGGUUUUUUGACUGUGUACAGACAACUCACACAUGUAAAUUGUUUUUUGUAUUUGGACAUUACUGAGAAUCUUUUUUCCAGUAAUUGAUAUUUCAGGCUGAAUUACGAAGGCUUUAAAUAGUACCAGAACAGAAGUUAGAGAAUUGGAUGUUAAGUACUUAAAUGUCGUCAGAGACUCAAAGAGUUUUGAUCACCUAUCGCUAAGUGUGUGGUUUUUUUGUAACUGUGAACAAGUACGUGAUUUAUCCAGGAAAAAAAAAACACCCUUUUGGAUUUUUAUACCUUUUGAAAAUGGCAACUUAGACCAGUGUGUGUCAAUGUCAGGUACAUGUGUACACGUAAUUCAUUCAUGGAACUCAAGGCGUACAUGUGUGUUUACUCAUCACCUGGACAAAAUUGUUGAGCGCUCUUGCCUGAUGUAGCACAUGUACAUAUACAUGUACAAUGUUUGAAACAGAAUCAGUGCAGCUUCCCACCUGCUCCCGAAACAGAUAUUUCGUGUUGUUCAGGAUUGUUACACUGGCAUUAUACUUCCAAGCCCUGCAGCCAAGCCCUGCAGUGAAGCUAAGCGGGACCUUCCUGAAGCUUUUAUCAAGCAGACAUUGAAAUCUGGAAGAGCAAGACUGUUAUUUAUUGGUCUGUUAGAACUAGAGCGUAUUCUCUUUGGCUUUUCAGUUUCAGGUAUGCUAACAUCUGUGUUUCUUUGGAAGUGCAGAUUCUGCAGAAAAAAAGUAGAAAUGUUUGUGAAUCAACUUGCCCUGUGAUUGGUACUUAAUUAGUUACUAUGCAGUAAAUUACAAUUUUUCAGUGGCUGUAUGGUGUGUGGAAGAGCAUUAGGGAUACUUACAGAUGUUUUGUGUUUCCACGAAGAUUUAAUGUUUGUCCUGUUUUGUUUUGCUAUUUUUUGUUAUAUCAACGGAGUCACUGCAAAGCGUGAUUUCCUAAAUUCGUGGAAAGGUGCAGCUAUUUAAUGCAAAAAGAAAACGGAAUUAGCCAGCCGGCAUUCAAAUGCUUUGGCAUUAAAUAUGCAUGUAAAUGGGCCUAUUUGGAGACGUACCAUGCGAUUGUGCAUUUAGUAUUCAGGGGGGGGUUUUUGGGGGGAAGGAUACUUGAGAGUACCGAAGUGUGACGUCACUGUGAACCAGAAAGUGCAGUGUACAAGUGAAUGGAGUAUACGCGCGUGUUGGUUCAUGCGCUGGCUCUGGCAGUAUUGCCUUUACACACACUUCUGCCCGUGACGUAGUCACUUCGGUACUCUAAAGUGGUUAUUUUUAGUCAUUGCAUUGAGACAACAAUGCUGAUGCUUUAAAUGUUUGUCCUUGUGAAAAAGAUAGGGCCUACAAUUUGUAUUUUUGUAUGUUGCAGGAAAAUCCUGAAAUGUUUAGUUGUACUUCAACCUGUCAGUGGCACGGUAUUAUGAAUAUUCAUGCAUGGCACUUUGGCAGCGUAGUGGUCGAUUUUCUGAUUAUAGUGUACAAGUACACUGUAUGUGGCCAAUGGCCAUUGGUUCCAUUUGGCAACUUACGUGAAUGUGCAUGCUGAUCAGUGAUGAUUGUAAACGGUUGGUUGGAUUUGCAUCGUUAAUUUGGAUCCUUUCAGUGCUAAUGGCCAUCGGGCUUAACUUGAGUUGUUGCUUUUGAUAAGGGAUGAAAUCUUGUUUAUUUUCAAUCCAUGCACACUUUUAUAUGAACUUAAGCUUGAAGCCUCAUAACAUCCAGGUAGAUGAAGCUCUGUAGUCUUAAUUUACUUGUUAUGUGUCUCCUCUGGGGCACCACACAUUUGCAUUUGUAUACAUGUAUCUAAAUGUAAUAAGCGUUCAUGUCAAGAAGCAGAGACAGUAGUCAAUUUUUUAUCAGUUUUGCAGCUGAAAACUGAGGACAUUUACCGAAGCAAGGGGUGUUGCCAAAAAACAAAGCUGUUGCUGAAAAAAAAACAUUAAUUGAGGUUGGCGCUCAGCUUUAUUUUUUCUGGUAUUUUGUCUGUGUAUUCAAGGCACAUUUCACUGCAAAGAUACAUGUAAGCUCCAGAAAGGAUAGGAGAGGCCAUCUGGGUCCCCCCCCCGACACGGAAACCAUGUAGCUUAUACAAACCACAGUUUUUGGAGAGAGGGGGGGUGUGACCUCGGCCCUUUUCCAAGGGUCGGUCUGUCAUGAACUGACCAGUGUUGCUUGAUUUAACAGUUUCGUUUCGAACUUAUGAAUUCAGUGCCCAAGUUUGUCGGCACCUAAUCUCUUGUUUCAGUUACUUGUCCUCACUUUUUACCCUCUUUUAUAUCUGUAAUGUAAUCGUAUCCAAUUUUCACUCUAUAGCCAUUUUAUUGUACGUGUGUUCCAUUGGAAAGUGUAUACAAUAAUAUGUAUGUCAUUCAGCACAUGGCGUUUUUGAAUCGGUUGUUUGCCAACCUACUUCAAAUCCGGGAGUAAAAUAAUGAUUAUAGUUUUUAAAAGAGUAUUGAAGAAUGAAUGAAGAGUUAUCUUUUUGCCUGGUGAAAUAUAUUUUGAAUAACCAGAAAAGUGUAUUUAAAGACAUCAAAGAUGAUGCAGCAGUCUUGUAAUACGUGUUUAUUAAUUACAAUAUAAUAAUCAAGUACAGUGUAUAAAAAAGGACAGACAUUUUUUGACUCUGCUGAUUUUUGGAUUAGUGAAAUGGUGAUGAACACCAGUGUAAUUUUUAUUCAAACACUGAAUAAAUAUUUUUUAAAUGGUACACAUGUGGAAA